GUGCUACGCACCGCCAGGACUCGGCGCUAAGCUGUGUCGUCAUUGUGAGGGUGGGACUUCCUCCCCGGGAUCCACUGUUUCCGACGUCCUCCGGAAGUCGGUGCUGGUCGGGUCAAUACCGGGCUAUUCGCUCUGCGUUGUACGGUUCCCUGCUGUUCCUCUUUAGGCAAUUCCAGAGCAUCGCCAUCGCAACGCCCUCUCGCCCAGAGUGCACGUCGGGGAUCCCGUCGCCCUCGCUCGCUCUCCGGCGCGGUCGCCCUCCCUGUUUCUCCGCCCCGCAGACCUGCUGCUCACCGGCCCCAUUGCGACCCAUGGCGGGAACUGCUCCGACCACAGCCUUUGGGCAGGCGGUGAUCGGCCCGCCGGGCUCGGGAAAGACCACGUACUGCCUGGGCAUGAGCGAGUUUCUGCGCGCGCUGGGCCGGCGCGUGGCGGUAGUGAACCUGGACCCGGCCAACGACGGGCUGCCAUACGAGUGUGCGGUGGACGUGAGCGAGCUAGUGGGCUUGGGCGACGUGAUGGACGCCCUGCGGUUGGGGCCCAACGGCGGCCUACUGUACUGCAUGGAGUACUUGGAGGCCAACCUGGACUGGCUGCGUGCCAAGCUUGACCCCCUCCGUGGCCAUUACUUCCUCUUCGACUGUCCAGGCCAAGUGGAGCUCUGCACCCACCACGGCGCCCUGCGCAACAUCUUCUCCCAGAUGGCCCAGUGGGACCUCAGGCUGACUGCUGUCCACCUGGUGGAUUCUCACUAUUGUACAGACCCGGCCAAGUUCAUUUCAGUACUGUGUACCUCUCUGGCUACCAUGCUGCACGUAGAGCUGCCCCAUGUCAACCUCCUUUCCAAGAUGGACCUCAUUGAGCACUAUGGGAAGUUGGCCUUCAACCUGGACUACUACACAGAGGUCCUAGACCUCUCCUACUUGCUUGACCACCUGGCUUCUGACCCUUUCUUCCGCCACUACCGUCAGCUCAAUGAGAAACUGGUGCAGCUCAUUGAAGACUACAGCCUGGUCUCCUUUAUUCCUCUCAAUAUCCAGGACAAGGAGAGUGUCCAACGGGUUCUGCAGGCUGUGGAUAAAGCCAAUGGCUACUGCUUCGGGGUCCAAGAGCAGCGAAGCCUGGAGGCCAUGAUGUCUGCUGCAAUGGGAGCUGACUUCCAUUUCUCCUCCACCCUGAGCAUCCAGGAGAAGUACCUGGCACCCUCAGACCAGUCGGUGGAGCAGGAAGCCAUGAAUCUGUAACCACCAGCUGGGCUCUGGAGAGUAAGACACGUAGAGCAGCACUGGGGAAAGCUGCAACUCCCAGCGAGCAGCGGACAGCCCAGUAGGCUGGAGAUCCAGGAACAGUUCUCCCGGCCAGAGUUGGGAGACUGAUGAGGGGACACUCAGCCUUGCAAAGGACUCCUAGCCAAAAGCCAGACAUGGCUCAAGCAAAGCACCCACCAUACCUUCAGUGCGUAGGAGCUCUGGACACUGUCACCAGGAAUUCAGCGCUGGUCCCACUCGGACUGUGGCGGGACGUGCUACAAUACAAGAGUUUAUUUCCUUCUCCAUUCUGUGAUUUUCAAACUUUCUUCAACCGUCCAGGGAGCUGGGGUAGAACAAGUGAAUGUCACCUUCUCUCAGAAGACUUCUAUUUCUUUAUACAUGGCAGUAUGUUCCCAAAGCACAGGAUCAUACUAGAGGAUUGACACUUAUUCUCCAAUUGCGUACUUAGGUUAAUUUUCAAUUUUAACAGUGAUCCUUAAGCUUGAGGCACUACUUCCUAGCUAGAUCUUAACAUUUUAUUUCAUUGUAUUCAUUUCAUGGUUUUAUUCUACUUUUGACAAGUGUUAGUUAGUUUCCUUUAUAAUAGUGAUUAAAAGUUUACUUUAAAAAUGAAGUUAUUUAUACAAAGUGCAUUUUCUUUUUAAAGAUUUAAUGUAUUUAUUUUUAGAGAGCAGGAAGGAAGGGAGAAAGGGAGGGAAAGAAAUAUCAAUCUGUUGCCUCUCUUCAUGUCCCCCAGCUGGGGACCUGGCCUGCAGUCCAGGCAUGCACCCUGUCUGCAAACUGAAUAGGCGAACUUUUGGUUUGCAGGCCAGCACUCAGCCCACUGAGCCACAUCAGCUAGGGCAUAAACUGCAUUUUUUAAAGAACAGUAUUCAAUACAGAAAGACAUUAGGGGCACAGGAAAAAUUAAGAUAGUUUCAAGUUAGAAAUACUGGUGUUUGCUUCCUUUGCUCUACUUGCUACUGGUAGGAUGCAAUUUGUAUUUUCAACCAAUAGGUGGCAACCCAGGCUUAUUUUUGCAGUUGUAGCUUGGAGGCGCAAGGGGAGGACAGAAGGCAGUUGUGCCAGAAGUCAUUUGCAGUUACAUGGUCCUGUUAACACGUGCAGGGUUUGGCAUUUUACAAAGUGCUUUCACACACACGGUCCUCAUGUGAUUAACACAGCAACUCCUAAAAAUACAAACGAUGGGGAUUAUUAGUAAGCUCCACUUUACAAGAAGGAAAAAGAUGAGUUUGAACUUCAGUCAUCCUGGCCCUCUGGCUUACUUUGCUGACUUCUUAAUUGUGAAUACUUAAUGGUGAAAAGUCAUGCUUCAUAUUCUACAGGAUUUGAGACCAAUUGGAAGGAAGAAUUCAGACACCUUUAGAGUGUUCCUGAAUCAUAAAUCCAGGGGAAGGUAGGUCAGUGGUGGUUUUGACAGUUAAAGAAAAUUUGAAGUAGCGUUGAGAUGAUGACUGAACUUUGCUUUCCAGUUUUGACAGCCAGAGCAGAGUGAAGCACUAUAAGGAGCCUCCAGUGGCUGGAACGGUAUGAAAGCAGCCCAUCUCCGCUCCCACGCCUGGUGUUACAGGGGAUAAUAAUUGGGUGCUGCUUCCCCAGCCUCUUUCAUCUGCAGAGUUCAAAGCACCUCACUCCUAAUUAACACCCUGUACAGUAGUAGGUGGGGAGUAUCAACAGAGCAAGCCAGGGAAACUGAGGCGAGUAGGCCCUGCCUGGGGCUGGCCAUGAGUCACCUGUGGGGCCUGGAACCCAGGAAUCCUGAUGCUCAGGCUGCUGGGCAAACCCCUCAGGGAGUGAGGAUGGAUGCUGUGUUUUCGAAAAUAGUAUCAAUAGCUGUGGUCAUGGCCUUUGAUGCCUACCCCAUCCUGGAUGCUGCAGAUGUCACCAAAGCAAACCAGUAGGAAAGAAGUGUCACUUAGAACUUUAUAGGGUCAUAUCCAAGCACGCUUAGUAUUCAUUCUUUGCAGUCCUGGAGUGAAGGACGAAAUAAUCCAAAACUUUGUUUUCAGGCAUUUGUGUGACAGCAAGGAUGUUUUCCCCUCCAGUAAAUGUAGCUUUCUCCACCUCCCACUGAUAGCAGAAUGAUUAUCAUGUUGGGAGGUGGGGAGGGCAGCACGGUGCAGAAAAGAUCAGAUGCCUGGGCUCCAGGUGAGGCCUGUUCAGCCAUAUGAAAUGUGUGGAGUAGAAGAAAGACAAUCUUCCAGUAUGGUUGAGAUAUGGCAACUCUCCUUAAGAGUUCUUAAUUUUUUUUAAAUUUCAUGAUGAAAAUAGUAAAGUGAAAAACUUGG